AUGGACAAGACCACUCUUACUAGAGCCGUAUUUGACAGGCUGAAAGCUGAAUUUGGAGCUUUCUGUUUUGUUAAAGAUGUGAGACAAAAACUAACAAGGAAUGGAUCGGAUGAGUUACUGGAAACAUGCCUCAAAGAAUUAUUAAAAGAUGAGGGCAUUAACACUUACAAUUUAAGAUCCACUUUUGUAAGAAGGAGGCUCCACCAUAAAAAAAUUCUUCUCGUACUUGAUGAUGUGGACAAUUUUAUAACAGCUGAAGGUUUAAUCAAAGCAAGUGCAUGGUUUGGGGAAGGAAGUAGACUUAUUAUCACAUCAAGAGACAUUCAAAUGCUUAACAAUACUUCUGCAUCCACAACAUAUCGUGUUCUAAAUGGGAUCCCCGCCAUGCCCUUCAUCUCUUUAGUUUAA